AUGGGAAGCAACAGGAUCUCCUCCAUAUCAUCAACGUUCUUCUCUUCACUGCAGCUUCUAAAAACGUUCGAUUUGUCUUCAAACCGCUUCACGAAAGUCCCUCAUGAUCUUCCUCGGUCUCUGGUUCAUCUGAACUUGGACAGUAAUCAGAUCCGAUCGCUGAGGAAUCGUGACAUGUCCCAGCUGCACAACCUCAUUACUCUUUCUGUCAGCUCUAACAGGCUAGUAUCAGUCGACGGGGGUCUGCGCCUGCCUAAUCUCUCUGUGUGCGAGUUGGCAGGAAACCAGCUACGAAUACUGCCUGGAAGAUUGACCUCUAAACUUGAAAAGCUGGACUGCAGGCAGAACAAUAUCCAGGAAGUCUCUUUUCAGCAACUAGCAGGGAUGAAACUACUGAAACAUCUCUUUUUGGAAAACAACUCCAUCCAAAACUUUGAAGCCAAUGCCCUGAGAAACUGCAUUCAACUAACCAGCCUAGCGUUAGAACAGAAUCUGCUUUCUGCUAUUCCUCAUGGCCUUCCAGAGACACUGGUCCGUUUGGAUCUGAAGGGGAACAACAUUGACACGAUACAUGAACGUGAGCUGAAGCCUCUCAGGCGACUGCAGGUGUUAAAUCUGCGCAACAACAAACUCUCCACCCUGCCUGCAUUGAACCUACCAAAACUGAAACUUCUAUAUUUGUAUGGAAAUCCAUGGCAGUGCAGCUGUGAACUCCUUGAGGUCAAAAAGGCCCUUUUGGCACAGGAUGUGGAAAUCAGGCCUGAUUUCUGCAGCGAGCCUGUCCAUGAAUCUCUUGAUGAAUGGCGAGCUUAUGUGCUGGCACAAGAUAUCUGUGAAAAGCAGACCAGUGAUUUGUUACUGGAGAGAAAAACUGAUCACAUAGAUAGCGAGGAAUAUGAUGAUUAUGAUUUGUAA